UGUCCCUCGGACACAGCGGAUCACCGAUCACGGAAAGAUCCGAAGAUGUCGGCUCGGUCAUGUGAUCGGCUGUGUCCAAUCACAGCUGAUCACAUGACAUGUACACUGAUCAUCAGGGCACUGAUGAUCAGUGUGCCCUGAUGACCAGUGUAGCCCCAGCAGUGCCACCUGUCAUUGUCCAUCAGUGCCUUAUGUCAGUGCUCAUCAGUGCCUCGUGCCAGUGCCCAUCAGUGCCACAUCAGUGCCACAUAUCAGUGAGUGCCUACCAGUGCACAUCAAUGCCACAUAUCAGUACCCAUCUGAGCUGCCUUUCAGUGUCACCCAUCAAUGCCAAUCAGUGCCACCUAUCAGUGCUGCAAAUCAGUGCCACCUAUCAGUGCCAGUCAGUGCCGCCUAUCAGUGCCAGUCAGUGCUGCCUA